UAGCCCUAGUGACAACACGUGCGGUGUGUUUAUUCCAAAUACUUCACAAUCACAUCGGUAGAAAUUGGAAUUUUCCCUUUAAAUUUAUAAGAAAAAUGGCAAAGAAAUCAAAUAAAAGAAAAGCCACAGAGGAAAAGAAAGAAAUUGUGGUGAAAUCCAAGGAGGAAUUUAGUGAUGAAGCUGAAGACAGCAGUGCAAAUGAGGAGGAGGAUCUAUUGCAGAAAGUCAAUGAAGUGGAUGGUGACAGUACUGAUGAUGAGGGCAUAGAACAAAAUUAUCAUUCCGACGACAGUGUCUUGGAAUUCGAAAGUGAUGAUGAGGGCAAUUUCACAGGUAUCAAGGGGAAAGAAGCCGGUGAAGGUGAGGAAGAUGAUGAAGAUGUGGAAGGGGAUUCAGAUGAAGAAGACAGCAUAGAUGAAGCAGAUAUUGAGGACAUAUCUGGAGAAGAAGAGGAGGAGGAGGAUGCUGACGAUGAGGAAAAUGAAGCGGAGCAAGAAGACAGCGAAGAUGAAGUGGAAAAUCUAAAAGAAAAAGCAAAAGAUAAUGGCGAUGAACAAGUUGUGAAAAAGAAGGAAAAGAAACCUAAAACCCUGAACUCCAAUCAAGCCAAUCCAGCAAAAGCUUUGGAAGACUUUAACAAUGAACUCAACAAAGGUGAUAAAAACAAAAAAGGAAUUAAAACCCAAAACAAUUCAACCAAACAGUACAAUGAAUAUGAAAAUUCCGAUACAUCUGAUGAAGAAGACAUACGAAAUACUGUGGGCAAUAUUCCCAUGCAUUGGUAUGAUGAGUACAAACACAUUGGCUAUGAUUGGGAUGCCAAGAAAAUUAUUAAACCACCAAAGGGUGAUCAAAUUGAUGAUUUCCUACGCAAGAUUGAAGAUCCCAACUUCUGGAGAACUGUUAAGGAUCCACAAACAGGCCAAGAAGUUGUAUUGACCGAUGCCGACAUUGAAUUGAUAAAACGUAUCAAUUCAGCGCGUAUUCCAAAUCCCGAACAUAAUGAAUAUGAACCCUGGAUUGAAUGGUUCACAUCAGAAGUUGAGAAAAUGCCCAUUAAAAAUGUACCCGAUCACAAGAGGUCUUUCCUUCCAUCUGUGUCGGAGAAAAAGAAAAUAGGUCGUAUGGUGCAUGCUCUGAAAAUGGGCUGGAUGAAGACCAUGGAAGAGGUGGAAAAAGAGAAACAAGCCAAACGUGGCCCCAAAUUCUACAUGUUGUGGGAAACCGAUACAAGUCGUGAGCAAAUGAGACGCAUACAUGAUCCUGUUUCGGCUCCUAAACGUGAUUUGCCUGGACAUGCAGAAUCCUACAAUCCACCACCAGAAUAUUUGUUCGAUGAAAAGGAACAAAAGGAAUGGUUGAAGCUGAAAGAUGAACCUCACAAGCGUAAGCUUCAUUUUAUGCCACAGAAAUAUCGCUCAUUGCGUGAGGUUCCAGCUUAUCCUCGUUACUUGCGUGAACGUUUCUUACGUUGUCUGGAUCUUUAUCUGUGUCCCAGAACUAGACGUGUCAAAUUGAACAUUGAUGCUGAAUAUUUGAUACCCAAAUUGCCAUCACCUAAAGAUCUGCAACCAUUCCCUACGGUUGAAAGUUUGAUAUACAAAGGUCAUACGGAUUUGGUGCGAUCCGUUAGUGUGGAACCCAAGGGCGAAUAUAUGGUAUCUGGUUCAGAUGAUAAGACAGUUAAAAUUUGGGAAAUUGCCACGGGUCGCUGUAUACGAACCAUUGAAACCGAUGAUGUUGUACGUUGUGUUGCAUGGUGUCCCAAUGCCAAGUUGUCCAUUAUUGCUGUUGCCUCGGGUAAUCGCCUGUUGCUCAUCAAUCCUAAAGUUGGUGAUAAAAUGUUGGUUAAGAAAACGGACGAUUUACUGGCGGAAGCUCCACAAAUCGAUAGUUUGGAAAGUGAACGUAUUAAGACAGCCGUCCAAUGGGCCACUGCUGAUGCUGCCGAGCAAGAAAAGGGUGUACGUUUGGUUAUUACUCACUUCAAACCAAUACGUCAGGUCACUUGGCAUGGCCGUGGUGAUUAUAUAGCCAGUGUAAUGCCUGAAGGUGCUAAUCGGUCAGCAAUUAUCCAUCAGCUGUCUAAGCGUAGAUCACAAAUACCAUUUGCCAAGAGCAAGGGUCUUAUUCAGUGUGUUUUGUUCCAUCCAAUUAAACCCUGUUUGUUUGUGGCGACUCAGCACAAUGUUCGCAUCUACGAUUUGGUUAAACAAGAACUCAUCAAAAAAUUACUUACCAACUCCAAAUGGAUUUCUGGCAUGUCUAUACAUCCCAAAGGUGACAAUUUGUUGGUCUCAACCUAUGACAAGAAAAUAUUGUGGUUUGAUUUGGAUCUUUCGACAAAACCAUAUCAAACAAUGCGCCUGCAUAAGAAUGCCGUACGUAGUGUGGCCUUCCAUUUACGUUAUCCCCUGUUUGCCUCGGCAAGUGAUGAUCAAUCGGUUAUUGUUUCACAUGGCAUGGUGUAUAAUGAUUUACUUCAAAAUCCCUUGAUUGUACCCCUGAAAAAGCUACAAACUCAUGACAAGGUUGAAGAAUUUGGUGUUCUAGAUGUCUGCUGGCAUCCAGUGCAGCCAUGGGUGUUCUCCACGGGUGCAGAUCAAACUAUUAGGCUUUACACAUAAAUUUAAUGUGUAUAUUUUUUAAUUGAGAAAUUAUAACUAUUUAAUUUAGUUGUGUGAUUUUUUAAGUUGUGAAAAUUUUUAUUUCAUUAUAUAGAAGAAUAAACCAUACAUUUGUAUAGAUCUACAAAAAGGACAAAAGUUUUGAAAUAAAUGACCAAUGAGGAUAAAUGGAUUGCA